UUAACGGUAUUCAACUAAGACUUAAACUAACAAUAAAAAAGUAAAGUCUCAGUAAUAUCCAGGUCUCAAUAUCAAUGUAAAAUUUUAUAAUUAGAUCAUGAUUUUACAAUUAGAUUAUGGUUUUACAAUUAGAUUAAGUUUCUUAGCCUCCACACAUUUUUUAUGCAGGAGAAUUUUUAACAAGCGGUGGCGACGGCGUCAUGAACUGGGAUCAAAUUUACCUUCAACUGAUGAGGAGCUGAGCGAGAAGGGAAUCAUUUUUGACAGACCAGGCUUGAAGCGUAACAAGGAAUCAUCAAAGAAUGCCUGUUCAAGAACCACACCAGAGACAUCUUUAGGAAGACCACAAUCAGCCUCUUCAUCUUAUCAGUCGCCUGAUCACCCGACACAAGAGCAGAAAAUAUGGACACUGACCGACACAUCAAAAUCAACUUCGAUUAUGACUCAUCCUUCACUCGAUGACGCGAACAGAACAGAUGUUUGGACGGUUAAUGAGAUUCCUGAGACAAAAUCCUUGGAUUCUUCAUUCACGACAUCAUCUCUGUCUGACUUAUCAACUGGAAAACCGACUGAAACACCCCGCUCUGAAUCUUUGACAUCUGUGUCUUCAAUGUCUCAGGCAUCAGAGACGGAAGUUUGUGAUUUUCCAACCGUGACCUAUUCAUCAGCUUCAAGCUAUGAUCUGACAGACAAACCUGCUCUCAGUUCUCUUCCGUUUACAACUCAAUCGAGUGUUGGUCCAUCUACAUCAUCAGAAGAGACAAUCUCGGAGUCUUCACUGUCGCCACACCCAUCUUUACCCGGCUUUUCUCUACUGCCUACCGCUUCAGAAGAAUCCACGCGAAACGUGUCCAUGGCGACCAAUAGUAGAUCUUCUACAGGCUCCUGUAAGACACCCGUUGCUGUUACUGUACGUAAUGAAGCUGCGAUAACCAAGGACGAUGAGGGCGAAAGUACCUCCACAAGUUGGAAAUCACAAGACGAAGUGCUGCGAGUGGUGAAAGAUGCCGGCAAAGAAUCACGCAAAGCAGAAAUGAUGAUUACGAUGGGGGUUGAUGAUGAUGAGGAAUCUUCGGUGAUAUCUGAUUCUGAGUCGUCUACAGGAGAAGUGAUUUACACGAGUCAGGAAGCAGAAAUUAAAAAUGUAACAAAAGGUGAUGAUAUCCUCGAUAUUAUGGGAAGAGAUAAGGACAACGAAGAAACGUCUGUCAUCAACGAGAAGUCCAACGAUGGUAAGUUGCUAUUGGUUACAUCAAGACGUUAAUUACAAUUUUCACGUAAAAUUUGUGUUUGACAUUCACACAACCUCUCAACCUCAACCGCACAACAAAUGCGGGAAUAAGCUAGGAGGGAAUGGUAGAACCCCAGCCGUCCUCUUCCCUCCCCCUCUAAGGAAGAAUUGAUAGUGAUGAUUACUCUUCUCCUGUCAAAUUUGUGRUCAACAUUCAUAKAGCUUUAAAGCUUUCAACCUCAAUCCUUCAACAGAUUUCAGGAGUUAGGGAGGGAAUGGUAAAACCCCAGCCGUUUUUCUUCCCUCCUCCCUCUUAGGUUAUGCAAUAAAGAGAAAGUAUUGAAGUGAUGAAAACUAGCAAAAGGAUCUUAGCAUCUCAAAAGGGAUGGGAGUUUUUAAAAAUCGCACGAACUUAAAAGACAUAAUUUUACUCAACAGGCCACGCACAGCCAAGAGAUGCCAUGAGGCCUAAGGCCAAGCGUGAGGUACGAUGGGAAGACGAAACUUCAAACCCUGUGGAUACAGGCGCUUCAACUAGCAACAAGCCAAAGAUAAGGGUGUUGAACCACAAGGAUUACAAAACAUGGAAGGUCAGAAUUGGAAGUAUUUACGCUUGCAGUAGCAUAAAAGGCUUUUUUGAGCCAGUGCUCGUAUUUCAAAAAUAUCUUUUUGCCUGUGACAGGAACAAACAAACCUCAUAUACCUUGAACAAAAUUAGGCAUUAACUUGCUCAUCUUUUCUUAGCUAGCGUCAGUGCCGAUCGUUUUAGUGUAGGCGACGUAAACACCAAUGUAGCGGGGGGGUAUAAAAUGAAGCGGGCAUGGGUAUAAAAGUUACCCUUUAACAGGGACAACAACUGAAAGACUCUUAAAUUUCUGAAAACAGGAACGUCAGAAGGAUAUUAAGAUGAAGAAGGCACAAGGAAUCAAGCCACGUGACGUGUUACCAGGCUUGCAGGCCAUUCGAGAUAUUUAUAAUUUGCCUCGCAUUCCUGUUGAUCCAGAAGGUGAAUGUCUCUGCUAUUACUGUAAAAAGCACAUCAAGAGAGCUCGAUGGGAGGAGUUUUUCAAACUGCCUAGGUACGUUUUUAUUCCCCCGUUUCAUCAUAGUUUUCAGUUGUAGAUUUCUGUAGUGGUUAAAUUCAGUUGUCAUGAAACCUUAAUUUCAAUUCAAACAUGAAGCUUGAGCUCCAAACAAACAUCGUAAAUCUGAAACAAGUACUGGUACCAACCGUUAAGAUUUCAAAUUUUGUAGUCAAUGUAGUUAAUAAAUGCAAAUAAUGCAAAUGCAAAUGAUGAUAAUGAUAACAACCAAGAGAUUAUAUAAUAACUUUACUAAUGUGUCGAAAUUGUUUU